GGAAUCUGGCCGGCAUCUGGAGCUUCUUCCUCUUGUGCUGGCCAGAAGGUUCCAGACCGUUGUCCCACACACGCUGUCACAAUGAUGGGCCAACAGGUUCUCGUGCUGAGCCAGAAUAUGAAGAGGGAGUCUGGACGGAAGGUUCAGACGGGAAAUAUCAGUGCAGCCAAGACGAUCGCAGACGUCAUUAGAACAUGCCUGGGACCAAGGGCCAUGAUGAAGAUGCUGUUGGACCCCAUGGGUGGGAUCGUGAUGACCAACGAUGGCAACGCUAUCCUGAGAGAGAUCCAGGUCCAGCACCCGGCUGCCAAGUCCAUGAUUGAGAUCAGCCGCACUCAGGACGAGGAGGUGGGAGACGGCACCACCUCUGUCAUCAUCCUGGCGGGGGAGAUGCUGUCCGUAUCAGAGCAGUUCCUGGAGCAGCAGAUGCACCCGACAGUUGUCAUCAGCGCCUACAGACAAGCCCUGGAUGAUAUGCUCAACCUGCUCAAAGAUAUCAGCACCCCAGUGGACGUGAGCGACCGGGAGAUGAUGCUGAAGAUCAUCAACUCUGCCAUCAACACCAAGGCCCUGAGCCGCUGGUCUGACAUGGCCUGCAGCAUCGCCCUGGAUGCCGUCAAAACUGUGGAGAUGGAGGAGAACGGACACAAGGAGAUUGACAUUAAGAAGUACGCCAAAGUAGAAAAGGUUCCCGGUGGGAUCAUCGAGGACUCGUGUGUGCUGAGAGGUGUGAUGGUAAACAAGGACGUGACCCACCCGCGCAUGCGCAGAAUGAUCAAGGAUCCGCGCAUUGUCCUGUUGGACUGCUCCCUGGAGUACAAGAAGGGAGAGAGCCAGACUGAUAUUGAGAUCACUCGUGAGGAGGACUUUGCACGCAUCCUGCAGAUGGAGGAGGAGUACAUCCAGCAGAUCUGUGAAGACAUCAUCCGCCUCAAGCCAGACCUCAUCUUCACAGAGAAGGGCAUCUCGGACUUGGCUCAGCACUACCUGAUGAAGGCUAACAUCACGGCUAUUCGCCGUGUCAGAAAGACCGACAACAACAGGAUCGCCAGGGCGUGUGGCGCACGCAUUGCCAGCCGUACGGACGAGCUACGCGAGGAAGACGUGGGCCUGGGGGCGGGCCUGUUUGAGAUCAAGAAGAUUGGAGACGAGUACUUCACCUUCGUCACAGAGUGCAAAGACCCCAAAGCCUGCACCAUCCUGCUGAGAGGAGCCAGCAAGGAAAUCCUGGCGGAGGUGGAGCGUAACCUGCAGGAUGCCAUGCAGGUGACCCGCAAUGUGCUGCUGGAGCCCAGCCUGCUGCCUGGCGGUGGCGCUGCCGAGAUGGCUGUGUCCCAGCGUCUGAUGGAGCUCUCCAAGACCCUCACUGGCGUGGAGCAGUGGCCCUACCGUGCCCUGGCCCAGGCCCUGGAGGUCAUCCCCCGCACCCUCAUCCAGAACUGUGGCGCCUCCACCAUCCGUGUGCUCACCUCCCUCAGGGCCAAGCACACACAGGAGGGCAGUGUGUCGUGGGGGGUGAACGGAGAGACUGGCACCCUAGCUGACAUGACCGCCCUGGGCAUCUGGGAGCCGCUGGCUGUCAAGGCUCAGACCUACAAGACUGCAGUAGAGACGGCCAUCUUGUUGCUGCGCAUCGACGACAUCGUCUCUGGACACAAGAAGAAGGGAGAUGAGCAGACAGGAGGAGGACAGGGCGCCGAGUAGAGGGGAAGAAGAGAAGGAUUGGGAACAUAGAGGAGGAAGAGGGUAAUGGAGGAAUAGGCAAUCUGAGCUAUUUCUUGUUGUUGCAUUGUCGAAGGAACCUGCAAGUAAGCAUUUUGUUGGACGGUGUAUACCACGUGUAUCCUGUACAUAUGAUUAAUAAAAACUUGACAGGACUGUUUUAUAAACCUCUCACUCAGAUAUGACAUUUGUUAUGGACAGUCUAAGCAGACUGGGAUAGGGUUGUUGCAUGUAUUACAUAUGAAUGUACUGGAUUUGGUACCAAGGCACUCAAGUUUAGUUUGGUCAGUGUGUUUGUGUGUUUGCGCAGUAUUUAUGGCAGUAAGUGUAAGAUGUGACUGAAUAUGUUCUCCUGGGACCAAGGUUUACCUCGGUUUAUCACUCUAGGCAUUUCUUUGUAUGGAUGAACUCCUUUGUGUGACUUGAGUUGAAGAACGGUUGCCAAUGGAUGGUGACCAAAUCAAGUGACCUACAAGUAAUUUGAAUGAACUACUAAAGCACUGUGAUACUAGAACAAAAAAUAGACCUUGCAAAUGAUUUCAAGCCUGCAAUGUCUACCUCUGAAGGUCCUUUUUAAAUGCUGCAUUAUAUGGAUUUGAUCGUCUAGCAUUACUGCAUUUCAAUGAGUGAACGCUUUUUUUCUGUAAGAAAUAGUUGGAGUUAUGGUGUCUCUGGUUCUGAAUCCUCUUACUCCACUAGAACAUUUCCCACCAUUACCCUUUGCCUGGGGCUGUUACCUGUGAUUGAAUCAACCUCAAUAAAAGUGGAUACAAAUGA